AUGGUCUUCAAACGUAUGGUACAAAUUGGUCGCGUUGUUUUCAUCGCAAAAGGGAAGGACGCUGGAAAAAUCGCCACAAUUGUUGACGUUGUUGAUGGCAACAGAGUCCUCAUUGACGGCCCCAGUACUGGUGUCAUUCGUUGCGUUCGAAACCUGAAAGAUCUGCAGCUGACGAAAUUUGUUGUUAAUGUUCGUGUCGGUCAACGAACAAAGAAAGUAAAGGAGGCAUUUGACAGCUCUAAAAUCAGCGAACAGUUCAAGCAAACCACAUGGGCCAAGAAAAUUGCGCAGAAAGCAAUCAGAGCAAAGCUGACCGAUUAUGAGCGAUUUAAACUGAUGAAGGCCAAGCAAAUGCGCAAUCGACUUGUGAGGGUUGAGCUCGCAAAGUUGAAGAAAGCUGCCAAGUGA